AUGCCCAACAACUAUGUGCCGUUGAGUCGCGAGCAGUUUUGGGAUGGGAAUCGCGAAAUGAUUGGCCUGACAGCCGAGUAUCAGACUCGUGUUGAAAAAGCCGUCGCCGAGGGCUUUCUGAAGAACGGUCGCAGCCAUCCAUGGAAUCCCACGACUCCUCGACCAAAUAUGCCCAAGUUCUAUAUCAUGAACUUUGGGUCACAUCCGGUUCAAUGUGGAGUGAAUCAUGGCGAAUUGAGCAUCAGGGACUUGUUCGAACAUUUCGAAAAGGCGCAUGACAUUAAUAAGCCUUUCAGGAGGCUCAUCAUACUGGAAGAUUUGGAUCCGCGGAUGGCAGAGAUGCUCGGAGUCAAGCUAAACAUACCGCCAGAGUUUUGGCUUGCCCAUUGCGAUGAAACGUGCCGACUAAAUCCGGUUGAUGGGAUCCGAAAUAGACAAGGACGAUCCAGGUAUUGGAGAGUUUCUGUUCCACAGGUUCGAGCAGCGCCUACGAUGGUAGAGCAAGAAGAACCCGAAUACGUAAUCGAGGCAGGGGCUUUCAACCGGUUUAAUGUAGUCCUCCCUAAAAACGGGGCCCUGGGAUCUAUCGUAUUCUACAGUCUCGUUUCUUUCUGGGGCAUGCCGGAUGAAAAGGAUGGCUGGACAAUUGUUAUCCUUGUGGAUCCCCGGCAGACAACCCUUCGAAAGCUGAAGGAAGGACGGAAGACGGACAGGAUCAGUCUGUCGGAUAUUAGAUACAUCCGAUUGCAUUUCACCAAGGAGGUCAUCGUCGGCGCCAAUGAUGCACCACUCGUCGCUCCACAUGCCUGUGUGAUAUACGAUCACCUUCGCCUGGCAUACGAUAAAAACCUCGAUAUCAUUUCCGGCCUGGGGGAUCCCUUUGUUGCGACUGUUCCUGUCCGAAACCUCAUUUUCUCACUCUGGGAAGAAUUCGCCUGCCGCCAUCAGUCGGACCUUUACGACGAGCUCUUGUAUGACGAAGCUCAAUGGAGGGACUUUAGCAGCGCUGCAGCUGUAAAACGGCUAGAAAGCGACUUUGAUACCGACGGCGAGGCCUACCAGCAUAUUGUCAGCGAGGGACGCACCAUCCGCAAACACAGGCGUAUCAUGAAAGACAUCAGAGAUUGCUUCCUUGCCCCCGACGUUGACCAAUGGGGAGCAGAUUCUGGCAUUACCGCUUUGACAUUCGGCUCAGUCAUGGAUUCUACUCAAGGACAAGGCCCAGUGAAACAUUGGCAAGGCAUAGAUCACACCCAAAGACAAGUCGCGAUGGAACAAAGACGUUGGAACAAACUCGACGAUAUGAUGCAAGAGGUUGAGAGGACAUUUGAAACAUUCAUGGAUAACUUUGCGAAGCGGGCCGAUAUGCAACGUUUCUUUGUAAACAAUCGACAAGCUCGAAGCGCGGGGCAAUUGACAAAGCUAGCCACGGUUGCUGUCCCGUUUUCUAUAGUCUCAGCGAUAUUCUCGAUGGGAGGGGACUUCGCUGCGGGGGAGAGACUCUUCUGGGUCUACUGGGGCGUUGCCCUUCCGGUGACUGGGCUCUUGUUAAUCUGGAUCAUCUUUUCGGUCGAGAUUACCGAGUAUAGGAAAAGGGUUGAGAAUGAUCUCAAGAAGGCAUGGCCCAAGAGGACGAAGGGGAACCACCACUGCAAAAAUUGCACGUGCAACAAAGGUACCGAUGAGAAAGUGUGA